AUGGCUGCUUCUGCUGAGCUCGAGAAAUUCCUCAAGGAAAAUGGCCUGGAUCUUGAAAAGCGGAAAAAGGAUCGGUCGACGGCUAUACAUCGAGCUGUGUUGAAGAACAAUUCCGUUAUUGUCGGGGAGCUCCUCGAUUUAUACCCCGAGGACUGCCGCGAUGCACGAGAUAAAGACGGCCGCAAAAGAAAUCGCACUCCGAUCCAGAACGCGGCUCAGCUGGGACUGCACCAGAUCGUCGCGCAGUUGCUCGCCAAAGGCGCCCAAGUGGACUCACGGAGCCCUUUCAAGUGGACCGCACUGAUCUUCGCCGCCGCUGACAACAGGCGCGAAGUGGUGAGCACGCUGCUGAAGAACGGGGCUGAUGUUCAUGCGAAGACGGCGCCCGACGAGAGGGAAAAGGGCGGAGGAGAGGUCACGGCGCUUCAUGUGGCCGCGCAGUUGUGGUCGGCGCAGACGACGCUGAAGCUUCUCUUGAGUGGCGCGAACCCGAACGCUGCGUCGGCGAAUGGAGACACGCCUCUGCAUUUCGCCGUCAGGGCCCGAAGCAUCCCGUGUGCUGCUCUUCUCCUGUUCCACGGAGCGUCGGCAACGGCGAGGAACAAGGAAGGGAUCACUACCAAGAGACUCCUUGAGAACCUAUCGGCGACCGAGAGGAGAAGAUUCGACCAUGUGUUCUCCUGUGCCAAGGCUAAGGGGAACCACAACGUAUUCCUCCAGGAAUAUCCCCGGAAGGAUGAAGUUCCAACUCACAUAGGCCAGUCUAUCCAUUGGGCAAUCGACAAGAAUCUGGAAAUGGCCGUCGCAUAUCUGCUGCACGCUGAUCCGUACGCGGUAGAAGCAGCGAGCCCUCGAGGAUGGCAUCCGCUUCAUAGGUCGGCAAGACAUGGGCUGGAGAAGUGCGUCCAGGUGCUUUUGCAGCAUGGGGCAGAGGUGGACUGCCUGAACAACGAGGGCUGGACGCCGCUGAUGUUCGCGGCGAGGUUCGACAAGACUGAAAUAGUCCAAUUACUGCUCGAUAAGGGGGCAAAUCGCGAUAUCACCAAUGACGCAGGGGAGACUGCCCUACAGCUUGCCCGGACACAUGGCCAUCGCCAAACGGCGUUGCGGCUCGCAGUCCGAUUUGUCCCACCUUCGCAAGCCGGUGAAAUGUUUGCACUGACUGAUGCAAGUAUAACAAAUGAGUCGACGCCGGCCCCUGAGAAAGACGCAUAUCUUGACAAUUUCUUUGGAACUCUGGAGGAAACGUGGUACAACAGAAUCCACUGGACGCCUGAUGAUGACGAGGCCACGAUAAAUUCCGGCUUUCACUGGUACGGCCCCGUCAAGAUUGCAGUGCUGGAUACGGGUGUGGAUCUCGAACACGAGGAUUUCACCAAGCCCGCAAGGAGAAGAACCAAGAUAGGACGCAAGAGGGCGAAGGGAAUCCCCGAGAAGACCCAACGUGAGAGAAUCGUUGCGGCUCGAAAUUUUGUCGGCGAACCUGGGGAGGAAAACGACGUCACUGAUGAAUUUGGCCACGGAACACACAUUGCCGGGUUGAUCAUGGCUGUUGCUCCCCGGGCAGAACUGUAUAUCGCCAAAGUGAGCACCGGCAAGGAGAUUUCCGAGGCCCAACAAACCGCAAAAGCCUCUACAAAAGCAGCCAAGCGAAAGUCUCGCCGUCCCGUGGAAGAUGCAAUAAGAUGGGCGAUAGAGCAGAAGGUGGAUAUCAUCAACCUUUCAUUGGGAUUCUCGCAGUUAGGGUCUUAUGAAUUAACCCGGGCUCUGGACGAUGCUGUCAAUGCGAACGGUAUCAUCGUGUUCGCCGCCGCCGCAAACCACGGUAACAAUAAUGCCAUUGCCUGGCCGGCACGUAGUCCAGACCUCGCCAUAUGUGUUUCCUCCGGCGACAAGUUUCAAAAGUUAUCCCCAUUUGCUCCCCAACCGAGCCCGGACUUCCCCAUGUUUGUGGCACCUGGGGAAGAAGUCUGGAGCCAGUGGCCAACCAAACUGGGAGGCGGCUUCCGGAAGAUGAGCGGGACCUCGGUGUCAACUCCCAUUGCUGUGGGUAUGGCCGCAAUCAUCCUUGGGUUUCUCAAUAUGACGAAUGUAUGGGAUCCGCAAACCAAGGAGGCAUGGCUUGGCCGCGUUCAUGAGUUCAAUAUACGACGGACCAGGGGCAUGCGUAAACUCUUGACGCAUCUUUGCCGUGAUCGGAAUGGUGUCAAGAUUCUCUCGCCCGAUUUGAUGUGGGAGGAUAAUCAUGGGAUUGGGGAUGAUCCGCUCCAGGCUCUGAACCUCAUUGCAUGGCCUUUUAAAUCGAUGAAAGGGUAG